AGUAGAAGAUGGAAAUUUUAUGCAUGAUUAUUGUCUAUAGGUGAGACUAUUGUAAUACAAUGAAUAAUCAACAGUUGUUUGGAAAGUCUUCACCUGGCACCAGCAAUGUUUUUGGUUCUGGUGCCAGCAACACUGAAAACAGAAACCUUUCAUUUGGCAAUCCUAUGGGGUUUGCUUUUGGAACUUCAUCUACACAAAGUAAUUCUGGUAAUGUAUUUGGGAAUCCAUCCAUGACAAGUUCUGCAUUUGGAUCAACACCGUUUGGCACAUCUGGAAAUCCAACUUUGGGACAAAGCAGUUUGUUUGGCAAUGAACAAAGUUCUUUGGGGAAUAGUGCAAACACAGGUGCUUUUGGGAUCAGUACAUCUUCUGGUGGAUUUGAGAUCAGUAAAGUUUCUACUGGAUUUGGGAACAGUAUGACAUCUGGUGGGUUUGGCAUCAGUACAUCUUCUGGUGGAUUUGGGAACAGUAUGACAUCUGGUGGGUUUGGCAUCAGUACAUCUUCUGGUGGAUUUGAGAUCAGUAAAGUUUCUACUGAAUUUGGGAACAGUAUGACAUCUGGUGGAUUUGGAACCAGUACAGCAAAUUCUGGUCGAAUUACAAGUAGUACAAUCACUUCCCUGCUGGGUGGUUUUGAAAGUCAAACCAAAACAUCAUUUUCUGGAUCUGGGAAUAGUAUAACUUCAUCAAGUGCUUUUGGAACACAGUCAUCAAAUUCAUUGAGUGGCACUGGUGGAGGUUCAGUAAAUUCUUUUGGUAACAGUUCUGCCACAGGUCAAUCUCCGGUAUUUGGGGGACAAUCAUCUACAUCUGGAUUUGGUAUCCCUUCACAGAGCAUACCUGUAUUUGGUGUGCCAAUUAGUGCAGCAUCAAGCACUGCUUCGGGGCCAACAGUCUUUGGAACAGGUUUUGGUGUUGCAACAUCAUCUGCCUCAAACGUAACACUCUCAGUGUCUGGAAAUCAACCUGCUUCUGGAUUUGGAAAUCAACCUGCUUCUUUAUUUGGAAAUCAACCUGCUUCUGGAUUUGGCAGUCAGAACUCAGCCGUAUUUGGUGGACAAUUGAGACAAACUACGACAGCCAACAUCUUGUUUGGCACCACAACAAAGCCAAUUGUCAGUACAUCUUCAAAUUUAGUAUUUGGCAGUCAAGGAAAUGCUUUUGGCCAGUCUAAGGCUAGUGGUAUCUCUGGUACUAGUUCUUUAAAGUCAGAAUCAGGAACAGCUUUUCCUUCAUCAUCUGGUACUGUAUUUGGAGGAGUUGGAAAUACUGCAAUUAAAUCUGAAGAUAAUGUAUUUGGUAAAGCAAGUGGUCAGCCAUCAAGUACAGGUUUAUUUGGAAAGCCAACAGAUGUCUUAACAUCAGAGCCCCAGAAGUUGGUGAAAGAAAAAACCCUGUUUGGUAAAGAAGACAAGCCAGUUAUUAAAUCUGAAUCAACUGCAGAUGAAAAACCAACUGGUCUUUUUGGCAAACCUGCCGUGUCUACAGCCAAUUUUGGUAUAUUUGGUAAAAAGAAAGAAAGAGAAGGUACAAGUCGAGCUCUGUUUCAAGGUAAAGAAGAGGAGGAUAGAAAGAGGGAUGGAAGAAAGAGAAUCAUCAGAAGAGGUCGUGAUCAGGAUGAAGUACAAGAAAAACGAGGACGUAAUUUGUUUUCACGAGCAACAGCAGGUGUAUUUGGUCACUCAGAGAAAAGAAGUCGAGAAGACACCAAAGACAAAGAUGAUGGUCAUGAGAGCCAGAGAAGAAGAGUGGAGGAAAGAGGAUUAACAACAAGAAAACCAAAAGAAUCUCCAUCAAAACCUCCUGAUAGUCCUGAUGAACCAAGAGUUCGAAGAAGAACUAUUGACGAUGUAGAUUCGAAGGUUGCCAUUGUAGUAAAAGGGAUUCCGGCAAAGUUCAAUAAAGUUCCUAUUCUUAAACAACAUUUUAAGAAAUAUGGAGACGUGAGGAGGGUGUAUCCAAACAUCAAUAAAAACAUGGCUACUAUUCAUUUUGAUUCCCAUGAGUCAGCAGAUAAUGCUAAAAGGCAAGGACGUUAUAUGGUUCAUAAUCAACCGCCAUUACAAAUAAUCUGGAGUUCCAACGUACCUACACCACCUAAAUCAUCUUCUAGUACUAGUAGUACCAGCAUAUCUCAAUCUACAAAAACAUCUUCAAGUCAGGCAAUAUCAAAACAAGAACCAAGAGUUCGAAGAAGAACUAUUGAAGAUGUAGAUUCGAAGGUUGCUAUUGUAGUUAAAGGGAUUCCGGCACACCUUAAUAAAGUUUCUGUUCUAAAAGAACAUUUUAAGAAAUAUGGAGAUGUGAGGCGGGUCUAUCCUAACAUCAAUAAAAACAUGGCUACUAUUCAUUUUGAUUCCCACGAGUCAGCAGAUUAUGCUAAAAGGCGAGGACGUAAUCUAGCUCCUCAAGAACCACCAGUACAAAUAUUCUGGGGUUCCUACAUGCCUACACCACUUAAAUCAUCUUCUAGUACUAGUUGUACCAGUGUAUCUGAAUCUACAAAAACAUCUACAAGUCAGGCAAUACCAAAACAAGAUGAUGUUUCACCAUUGAGAGACAGAAAUCAAAAAAGUAAAUGGGAGACGAGUGAUGUGGAUGAUGAAUUGGCAAGUAUGGCGGGAACAGCAGAUGUACAGGGUGGUGAUAUACGCAACUUAAAUAGACCCAAAGAAGAUGUUAAGAAAAAAUCUGAUGCUUACAGUCAACCGGUCGCUAAAUCAGGACGUGUUUCUCCAGCACCUAAAGGAGGGAAAGUCUCUCCUACAGCGAGCCCCAUUAAAACUACUAAAGGAGAGACAGCAUCAUUUACAGCCUUAUUUCAAGCUAUAUGUAGAACAGUUUGGGAAAAGAAAGAAUUAUUGGACCUUAGAGACAAGUUGAUACGACAAGCAGGUUCAGGUGAUAAGAAAAAGAGCGAUUUAGCUACAGCCAAGGCAUUCACCGGAACUUGUCCAGAUAUGUGUCCAGAAAAGGAAAGAUAUGAUAGACAGGAAACUAGAAGACUUAGUAUUUAUGAAAUGAUUCCAGGCACCGAAAAUGUGGCUAAUCAACCACCACAGAUAGAUCACAAUCGCGCUGUUAAAGAAUACAGUAGAUCUUCAGCUGAUCAGACUGAACCCCUCCAACAUGAACUACGACCUGAACAGGUGUUGUUGAGUACAAUGACAUAUUUAUUACGAGAAAUAGCUGAUCGUGGUGAAGAAGAAAGAUGGGCUGAUUGGUAUGAUUUCUUGUGGAACCGGACCAGGGGAAUUAGAAAGGAUAUUACACAACAGCAACUGUGUAAUAAAAAUGUGGUAGAACUGAUAGAAAAAUGUGUCCGAUUCCAUAUAUACUGUUCACAUCGGCUCUGUGAACAAGACAUGAUGGUCUUCGAUAGUAAAAUAAAUGAUGAAAAUAUGACAAAAUGUCUACAAACUCUGAAGGAGAUGUAUUAUGACUUGGAGAAAAAUCAGUUGAUCUUCUGUGAAAAUGAGGCAGAAUUCCGAGCUUAUAUGGUAUUAGCUAAUCUGAAUCAAGGAGAUACAUUACGUGAAGUUCAAGAAUUACGUGAUGUUGUACGCCAGUCUCCAGAAAUUCGUUGGGCUUUGAAGAUUUAUUCAGCUUUAAACAGUAAUAAUUAUGUUAGAUUUUUUCGACUGGUAAAGCAGGCAUCAUUUCUAAAUGCCUGUAUAGUUCAUCGAUAUUUUACACAAGUUCGUAGAAAAGGUUUACUGACUUUGAAGAAAGCCUUGGGAAAACACACAAAGUACCCACACCUUGUUAAAGUGUUUGCCUUUGAAGAUACUGAUGAAGCAGAUGAAUUUUGUGCUUAUUAUGGUUUGCGUUCUAAUAAUGGUUUUCUAGCUGUUGAUAGUGGUCCUUUUGUUGAUCCAGAGGUAGCAGUACCACCUAAACGAUCUAUUACAUUGAUAGAGUCAAAACGUACAAUUCCAGUCAGAGAGGUGAUAAAUGGUGGAGAGUUACCAGAACUAAAUCUACCACCUCCAUCAGUUAGUUUUGAUAAAUAUGGGAAGUUUGUGUCCAAGAAGGAGAUUUUAUCAGAACUUAAUGUACAAGUACCUUCGACUAGUAGUGUUAGUGAAAAUAUAGAGAUACCUGUCCAACCAUCUACAAUCACUACAACUACUACAACUACUCCUACAACAGACUAUAUCUACUCAAACGAGGCUAUUAAAGGAGUGACUAGAGAGAUCUUCCUAGAAGUUAUUAAUGAAUAUGUAUUAGAUAUAGCUAAAGGUCCUGUUUUAGCACAACAAUACUUCCAUAGUAUCGGUACAGCUGUUAUACAAGAAUUGAGUUUUAAUAUACAGAAAGAUAUGAUCAGAGAAUUGUGUGAAGAAGUUAUACAAGAUGAAGAGAGAGUGAGAAAAUUAGCGAAGGAACAAAGAGAACUAGACGAGAGAAUGAGGAAGGAAAAAGAGAGAAAGGAGAGGUUAGACAGACUGGCACAAGAAAUAAUGGAGGAGUACAUGACAGACGUCUGUCAACAAGACUCGAAGAACAUGGCAGUGGCUGAAUAUAGGGAUGUACAGAGUAAACUAAAGGAAAAGAGAAUAGAGAGAUGUAACGAGAGUUUAAUGGAAGAGAUAGUUCAAGAUGUUGUAUCUGAUAUCAUAGAUGAAAUCGCGGCAGAUGUCUUCGAAGUUAAUGUUGUCCAAAGAUUAGAACAAUUCCGAGAAGCAGAAAAUAUAAUCAAAUUAAAACGUUGCGGUUUGUAUUUUCAAGUUUGGAAGCAGAGAUAUGUAGCUCAGAUUAAACUGAAACGAGCCAUGCUGGCGUUCCCCUGUGGUCCAUCUGCCCAGGGCCCCAAAUUUCAAUUGCAGGAUUUACUACCUGAUAGACGGAAUAAUGAUAUUUGUGAUAAAACCAUGUUUUUGGAUCAGAAGACAAAAUUAGCGCUAGAACCGGCAACAGAUCUGGAAAAAAUGAAUCUGAUGUUGACGGCCAGACUUUCUAUCGCCUUUCAGCAACAGCAUCUUCGACAGAUUAAAGCGUGGCAGCCGUUAGACAUCCCGCGACUCAUGCAACCAGAGCUAUUGAAAAUAUCUCAUAAAGCUGAUAACAACCACUUGUCUAAACGGUUGACAUGGAAACUAGUGAUGUCACUUCCUGAUACAACACCCAGCAACGCAUCUACUAAUAAACACACUAAAGAUUUCUGUGAUUGGUUGAAAACUAAAUUUAGACGAGGUGCUAUCCCAGAAUGCAAUAAUGACAAUUACAAGGGAGAAAUAUUAAGUUUGUAUAAUACUAGUAUUGAUGGUAACCAUGGCAGGCAGCCAUUACAGUUUGGAUUCUGUGUUCAAUGUUUAAGUGGAACACUUGAAGCCGAAGAGAUAGAAGAGUUAGAAGAUGAACGGGUGUUACUGGGCACCAGUGGGUUAAUAUUUGUUCUACCAACUGAUUCCAGUUCAGAUCUAGAACAGGAUGAUAUCUGGUUAGAAAGUCAAUUACGAUUGGCUAGAAUUAUGCAGGCGAAACCAAUGUAUCCUAGUUUACCAUUGGUUGUUGUUUGUUCAACAAGAGAACAAGAAAUGUUAGGUGAAGAUAAAGUAAUAGAGAAGUUGAAUUUAUCAAGUUAUAUAGAAGGCAAUCUAAUAUCAGAUAUGUAUUUGGUGUUUCUACCAACAUCGAGAGAUGGUCAAAUUAAUAUUGAAGAUCCAAACAUAUCUGAUCAGCUAUGUUUCUGUGUAAAAUGGUUGGGCAGGAAUAUGCCAGCACCACCAUCUAUACAGUCUAAAUCAUUACAAGAAUUUCUCAAUGAUGUUUUAUUAGAGGAAUAUUUUACACCAGUUUUACAAGAUUUACGAAGCAGGAAGAACAAGAAGUUAUUGCAUCAGUCCCCAGAAGUAUUAAUAGAGCUGUAUAACAGUGUAAUUGAUUAUCUGAAAGAAGUUAUACCUUCACCAGGAUUAAAGAAGUUUUCUUGGCCAGUUCCUGAAUUUUCCUGGUUUCAUCAUCAGAAUGAUCAACCACCUGUUCAUUGGAAUACAGAUCAUCAUUUAGAAUAUCUUUCAAGUCUGGUAUCAUCAUUAUACUUACCAGACUUUUAUUAUAUUGAUGAACAGACAGAUAGUUGGCAACAAGUGUGUCAGGAUGUCUGUUAUUUUGUAACCACGGUUACAGAAGGAAAAGAGGGAUCAGAAACAGUAGAUCUUGUUACUAGAGUAAAAUGUUUAUUGAAAAAAGUUAAAGAUGAUUUUGAAGAUACAUGUUUUUUGGUGGAAAGAGAAGAGAAUUGUCAACCUACUUAUGUGAAUAUGCCUUGGACUGAUCUUCUACAAGCUUGUAUAGAUUAUAAAUUAAAAACUAUUUAUAGAUUAGAUUCCUUAAUCUACGAUAAAAAAAGCUUGAAUAAAACUUGCAGGGGAAAGGACAACCCUGAUGAGCUGCAUGUAUUUUAUACUAAUGAAACAUUUACAAAAUACAGUCCACCAUUUUUAUGGAAGACAGCAUUACUUGAAACAGCUGAGGGAGAUAACCCUACUGUAGAUGACACAUUUCACAGAGCAGUGGAAAGAGUGAGAGAAGAAGAAAUAAAACAACUAGAAAUAGCAAAGGCAAAUACAGAAAAAAUAGAGAUUGUUAAACCACUUUCUGAUGAGAUCAUCUUUUCUCAAUCCAUUAUUAGUAGGAUAAAGAAUGAAAGAAAACAAGCCACUGAUUUUGAGAAGUAUUUAGAGUCCGUGGUUAAUGAUGAUACACCGAAAACUAUGGCAGAUUUUGAUGACAUUAAUAUGAUGGAUGAUGACAUUAGUAUGAUGGAGGACAAAUCAGUUACUCCUUACAAAUCAGUUACUCAUUACAAAUCAGUUUCUCCUUACAAUACUCCUUACAAAUCUGUUACUCCUUACGAAAGUUUAAUGGAUAGAAGUAUCAACGAGUAUUAUGAGGAUGUUGUGAAAAAUGGCACCAUUUCAGAAAGACUUGCGGCACUUCAGGAUAAAAUGGAAUCAGAUAAAAGGGCUAAUCAUCUAUUUGAACAGAAAUUAGAAUAUUUAUUGAAUUCUUGAGAGGAUAUCUUCAAUCAGUUUAAAAUCACAUGGUUCUGAUAUGCCACUCGGCGUAAGCUGUAAGAUAUGUUCACAGCGCUGUGUUUAUUUUUCAUGGGACUUUCUACAUAGAUCAGUGGACAAUGUUGUAUAUAUAGAAUUAAAUCCGUUGAGAUAAAAAAAUAUGGUAUAAAAGACGAAAAAAGAAUUGAAAACAUCUGAUAUUCUGAUCAGAUUGGGACAUCUUUAUACAGUAAUAAUCGUUUCUGUGGAAUAUAAACUGUUUUUCAUAUUAUUGAUGGAAUAAAUACUGUGAUUUCUA